AUGAGGGGACUCAACUUAAAGCCCUCACGGGUCUACCAAACAGCAUCGCAACUGCUUGAGACGGGGAGCAUAUCUCAAGCACCACCAUGGUUCAAAACCAUUGGAUCAAUUCCUCCAUCAGAGAUCCUCACCCGAACUCAGCCUGUACAGCACCGAGAAACAACCCGCAAGUCCAAGACUCGUAAACCCAGCAAGAUGUUCAGACCCCAACCGAUCGUGUACGAGGAGGACAAGUUACGGCUAGAUUUCUAUGGCGAUCAUCCAUGGGAGCUGGCAAGGCCACGAAUUGUGUUGGAGAAUGAUGGAAAGGAUGGUCAGAAGUGCGAUUGGAGCCAGAUACAACAGCCAGGGAGACAGCUGAACGGAGAGAGUGUGAUUCAACGACAGCUCUGGCUUAUCAACAACAAAGGGAUGAGCAGUAACCAAGCAUACGACGUAGCUCGCAAGGAAUUCUAUGCCCUGCGGCACGAGCAGGAGGUUGAGCGGAAGAUACAGCACGAGGAAGCCUUGUGGACCGGAGCGUACUUCGGCAAGGGGGCCAUCGAGAUCGGUAUGGAACUCGAGGAUAAGGCAUACGAGUCCUGGAAAGCUUGGGCUUUGAAGGAAGUUCAGGCUAUGGCUAUACAGAGAGACUCGGCAUACACUGGAGUUGAGGCAGAAGAAGAGAGCGCUCCGGUUCCGGAUGAGGAAGAGCCGGCGGCUCUGACAUGA